CGUUUAAUCUAGAAUCUGUUGAUGAGUCGAUACGCUGCGCCUGUCUGUAUAUCUAUAAAGAGAAUUCCGCCGAUCGAUGUAGAUAUUAAUCAAAUAUCGAAGGAUCUGUCCACUCUCAGUGCACAAACGUGUCGCAGCUAUUCAGACUACUAUAGCUCCUCAUUACCGUCUUAUAUCGGAGAGAAAGUGGAGUUUUACGUCGAGAUUUCCAAUGCAAGCAAUUCGACUAUCCGAAUCCUAAAAAUCGAGGCUUCUAUCAGUUCAGAAACAGGAAGAUGCCCUCUCGAUGAAGUCGGAACGUCUUCCAAGUAUCUCUCGAUUGCUCCAUCGACAAGUAUUUCGCUUCGCUUUGUCAAACUUCUCUGCGAGAUUGGCGAACAGACCGUGCACAUCUCUCUCACAUACAACAAUUCGCUGACUGAUUUCGUCGUUUCAGAGGAGUAUCGUUUUCAGUCUCUCAAGCCAUUCGACAUUGCUUUCUCUCGCACACAGCUGUCUCACAAUCGGUUUGUCGUGAAUUCCACGAUUACGAAUCGACUCGCAACGGACAUGUUGCUCACCAAUGUGGCUUUUGGUGUUGCAUCCAGUCGGGUCAAGCAGAUCCAUACUUCGUUCGAUUCAGCGGUUUCCGUCCAUAGGGAUGGGAAGUACAUGCAUUUCUGUAUCCUCGAGGUCGAUCCGGAAAUUCUUCAGAAAGGCGCGGUUCUCGGUUCUCUCGCGAUCCACUUCAUUGCGAAGGGUCAUAAGGAGAUCGGACUCACAUCGACUAAAGUGACGAUUCCCGUAGAUUUCGAUGUGACUUUGCAACUCAGAGCAUUUCCAGAGCCCAAGUUCAAGGAUACUACGAGGUCGAUAAAGAGUUCACCCUGUUAG